UUAGUUAUAGAACAGCAUAGUUAAUGUGGUUUGAGGAAAUAACAGAAAUUCAAAUAGAUAAAUACUUCAAUAAAACCAUCGGCUGCUCUAAAGGAGUAUCACACUUUGUCCAGAGAAAAUUAACUAAUGUGUUAAUUGCAUCCGUAACAUAUUAUUUAUAAUUAUCUAGGUCUUUGAUCUAGAAAUGGCAAAGGACGGAAUUGCUGAACAGCAGCUGGAAUUAUUCAACAGUGAACAGGUGGAAAAACACAUCCCUGAUAUGAUAUUUGUGGUGCUUGUCUGCUUAGUUGGGAUUGCAGGAAACAGUGUUACAUCGACAUUCUUUUGGAACAAAAUGGGAAGAAACGUACACAGUUUUUUCUUGACAAUUCUAUCAUUGAAUGAUUUGUUUACAUCUUUCAUUCUUCUGGACAAUCUAUUUGACACUGUCUAUGCAGUAACAUUUACGAGUGAAGUUGGCUGCAAACUUCUCGCAAGCGUUAACAGAUGUCUUAUAACUAGUUCGUUUGUCUUAAUCGUCUUGAUUGCAGUCGAUCGGUUCUUAAAGAUUUUCCUGAUGAGUCCAAGAAUUAUGUUUUCCGUACGAACAUCAAAAAUUGCUGUUGUGGCAGUUUAUAUUUUCACUGUUUCGACAACUGUACCGGAAAUAAUACUUACUGAACCGAUCAAAGUAAAUAUUACCAGUGCCAGAAAUGAAACAUUUGCUGGGUAUUUCUGCCAUAGGGGCGAGUCAAAUGACAGCGAUAAGCAGCUUGUAAUAAAGAUUUAUAAAUCUGUAGAAUUAGGAAUGGUGGUGUUUCUUCUCACAUGUAUGAUAGUAAUAUAUAGUCUCAUUGCUUUUAGGGUAGCUCAGUCAAAAAAAAGAAUACUGAGGGCAAAACGACAGGACAAUUGCGUGUUGAACAUAGAAAACAAGAGUAAGGAUAGUAGUAACUUAAAUAUUUCUGAAAAAAAAGAGGCUAGUGAUGAAGAAACAUUUGAUGUAACUGAUCAAAACACCGACAAUGUAACUGUGGAUGAUUUUGCAUUCGAGAUGACCAACAGCCCACAAGUAAUUACCAUAGUGAAAAAUAUUGACAUUCCUAUAGAGAAUAUUGAUGAACCGGAUCAAAGCACCGCCGUUGUCCCUAUGGAUGAUAUUUCAUUCGAGACGAACAACAGGCCGCAUGUAAUUACCAAAGUGAAAAGUAUUGACAUUCCUGUAAAGACUAUUGAUGAACCGGAUAAAAACACCGCCGAUGUUACUGUGGCUGAAAUGUCAUUGGAGAAUAUAUACAAGCCGAAAAUACUCACCAAAGUGGAAACGGUUAAACAUAUGGACAUACAUGUAAAGACGAAGAGGGACAGAAAAACAAAGCGAAAAAAUCCACAGCCUACCAGGCAAGAUCGAAAUAUUGAAAGGAGCAUUACUUUCACGAUGUUAGUCAUGACUCUAGCUUCAGUUUUGACUUUUGUACCAUAUUUUAUAGUAGAGUUUGCGGUUCAUGAAGAGCAAUACGAGCACAGUGUAUGGAUGAGAAUUUUGUCUCGGUCCUAUAUCCUUAACUCUUCCAUCAACCCCUUUAUCAUUUGGUAUUUCAACCCACCAUUGAGAGACUACUUCAAACGAGUCGUUCAAAGAAUGAAACUUAGGUAAUUGCAGUUUGUAUAUACUUGGGUCUUAAACACUCUCAUCAACGAGCAACGCAAAUAACUUAUACUCUGACACAAAUGUUGAUUGCGACUGCUAAAUUUUAUACUAAAUAUUGCUUUUAAAAAUGUUUCGUAUCUAGUUUCGGAUGUACGUACUUAAAGAUUAAGUGAAUUUUGUUUAUUGAGAAAAUAACGGAAUUUUUGAAAACUUUUUCAAAUUUGAAAGACAAAAAAGUCCUGAUAUGUUAAAUAUUGUUGCAGGUUUUUCGUUGACCCAAGGAGUUUAUUUUUCCUUAUCAAGUUAAGAGUUUUAAUUAUGAAAUGACACACGAAUUUAUCCCGAGUCUUGGUGUAAGGAAAACAUACAUAUGUAGUUUUUUUGUUUAAGAGAGGUGAUCGUUAUUGUGAUUCAAACUAUUCAGGCAUAACUUUUAUAAAUAUUAUUGUAAAAUUAUUUCAUGGAAUAGAAUUUACAAAUUGUGCAGGCGAGACUCAUCGCAAUUUGGUUGACGUAGAGAUAAUCGUAGCACCAAAGAUUGUAUUUUCACAUACUAUAGUUCGGAAUAUUAUCAAUAAUAAAUCGAAAUUUUAUUUUGCCUUUAUAGACUAUGAAAAGGUAUUUGACACUGUUUUACACGAAACAUUUUCUUAUUGAACUCAUGCAAAUUGUAAUGAGUUGCAAAAUGCUUAAAAUGAUGCAAUCUCUUUAUCAAAAUGUUAAAUCUUAUAUUAAAUAUUCUAAAUGUAUGUCAUUAUUAGAGGUUUUCCAUGAAACUAUUGGUGUUAAACAGGGUGAACCCCAGUUUCCAUUAGUGUUAAUAUUAUUUAGCGAUGACAUAAAAAUGUUUAUAUUUUAACAACUUUACUGAAAAGGACUUUUAAUAUUUAUGUUACUUUUUGCUGACGGUAUUGCCUUACUCACUACCAGUCCAGAAAGUUUACCAUUCCAAAUUGAAACUAUUUAUCAAUAUCCAUGCAAAUGGGGAUAAAAGAUUGAUGUGAUUAAAACUUAAGUAUGUAUAUUUAAGAAAGGAAUGUAUAUUUAGAUAGUUGAGAUGUUCAGUGAAAUGUCCUAUUAAGAUGUAAAGUUUCGUUACACUGGACAUAUGUCAAGAGCAAUUAAGAUAUUAAAUGAUCAAGCUCUAAAAGCAUACAAUCAUUUUCUUUAACAUUUAGUCGUGUCCAUGUUGAUGUAAAUGUUAAAACAAAAUUAUUUUCAUUUGACUCCCUUGUUGUAUCUAAAAUUCUUUAUUGGUCAGAUGUAUGGAGGAUUAACAAUAUAAAUUAAGUUGACAAGGUGCACUUAUUGGACUAUAUAUUGUCUGAGCAGCCCAAAAUAGAGUACUUUACCAUUUUAAAACGUCAAUUUAAAUUCGAGAAAUAUAAAGAUAAUAUUGAUUAUAUAAAAUUAGACAUUAAUCGCCCCAAUUUGGAUUAUCCUCACAUAAUUUGGGAAUUGAGAGAGGUAGAUUCCAGAAUAUAACCAGAGCAGAACGUAAAUGUAAAUUUGUAAACUGAAUGUUGUUGAUUUCAUGUAUCAUUCAUUUCUUUGCUGUUCUGCAUACAGAAAUUAACAUAUGUUACAUUGUAUAUGCAAUCUAACUGACCGUUUUGAAA